AAACAAUUAUGGGAAACUGUUUGAAAAGCGCAUCAUUAUAAUAGAGAAAAUCGACUAGACCGCAGUAACGGUUCCACAAAAUGAAUAAUCCAGUUUACAUGUUCCUGAUUUCGUAUUUUUACGGAAUAGUUUUUUUAGGUCAUAUCGAACUUGCAUAUUAACAACAUCUAUUAUCGGAGCCUUGAUAGCAGAAGAGUAAACGCUGUUGGUUUAUUACUAAAUUCGUUUUAAUCGUAAAGCCAUAUUAUAUCAACACUGUUCUUGAAUAUUAGCAGCACUCAGUGUAUUUAUGAAGAUGACAAAAUCUAAAAUUGCAAUAAUAGGCUGCGGUGCAAUCGGUAUUACCACCGCUUUGAAGAUACAGGAAAGAUUGAAGAGCAAAGUGGACGUGACGAUUUUCUCGAAGGAUUUCAGUCCUAACUUGACCAGUGACGUAGCAGCUGGAUUGUGGGAGCCGUAUUUGUUGGAGUUGACACCCGAAGAAAAAACGACUCGUUGGGCCGGCGAGACGUAUCAAUACCUCAUUGCAAAUUGGAAUCAAGCUGAAAAGUUGGGAAUAACGCUUCAACCGGUAACGUACAUUACUGACACAAGUACUUUUACUACCCCAAGCUGGCUGAAAAUAACUCUAGGUUAUACAGAGCUCCCGCGGCAGCAGAUAGAACAAUUUAGCAAAAGGUACAAUCAGAAACUCACUGGAGGGUUUCACUUCGUAAGCUUUACAUGGGAAGCAUCCAGGUUCAUUCCUUAUUUUUCUGAAUUGUUCAUCGACGGAGGAGGUACCAUUGUGAGAAGAGAUAUUCAGGAUUUGUGGGAGCUCUCGGAAUAUGACGUAGUAGUGAACUGUACCGGACUGGCAUCUAAGGAUCUCGUUUGUGACAAUGAGAUGAAACCAGUCCGAGGACAGGUAAUGAAGGUCAAAGCUCCAUGGCAAAACGGCAUUUACAUCAUAGAUUGCCACAAUAGAUGCAGCUAUAUCAUACCAAAUAUAGAGCUUACAACUCUUGGCGGAACUAAACAAAUCGAUUACAAUACGAAUAUCAGUAACACUGAUCGCCAACACAUUCAGAGCACGUGCCAGACGAUAAUACCAUCACUGAAGACUGCAGAAAUACUUAAAGAGGUCGUUGGAUUGAGACCUUCCAGGACUAGGGUACGAGUUGAGGCGGAGACACUUCAAAGGCAAGAUAAAUUUUUGAGAGUUGUGCACAACUACGGACAUGGUGGUGCUGGAAUCACGCUGUCUAUUGGAUGUGCCAAUGAAGCAGCCGACUUAGUCGAAAUGUUAUUAGCUCGCAGUAAAAUGUAAAAACAGAUAUAUUUGAAAAAACUGUAAUAUACACGGUGUUAAAUUUAAUUUAUUCUAAAAAAGAGUUACGAAUGAAAAUUGU